AUGGGCACUGUUAAGCUGCUGUCUUACCCCGUCUACUCGAUGGCGACGGACGGAUGCUACCUCGUAACUUCCGGCGGCGGCGGCGGCAAGGAGUACGGCAUCAAGGACUGCGUGGAGUUCCACAAAGUGACCGAUGCUGGAGGUAAAACCGACAUGAGCCUGGUGGCCUCGAGCAACGACCAAAUGGGCAUAUUUGACACCGUACAGUACAUCCCAAUGCAUGACAUGUGGAUGGGUGCCUCUGGUAACAGCACCGUGUUCUUCACGCACUGCCAAAAAAAGGGCGUGCGUAUUUACGGCCGAGUCAUCGUCGCUCGUAGCAAGAAUGACCCUCAACAAACAGCAGCCCGCUUUUGUACGGGUAUGGACAUCUUCGUCACUGGGAGCAGCGACGGGACCGUUCGCGUCUGGAGCCUGACUGACAGCUUCUUCGAGAAGGUGGAAGAAAUGGAAGACGACCCGGAGGGCAAUAAACACCCUCCGCUUGGUUACACUGACGAUUACGUGCUUACGUACGACUUGACUCCCGCGGACCCGGACUAUGGCAUGUACCUAUUGAGCAGUGACAGCGCACGCUCAUCACAUCCCUCGACAAUGACAGGGGGUUCCUCGUCAGCAUUUAACUCUCCGACACCUGGAGAAAUAACCAGGAUCAACGACUCCAAUCUGUCCACUGGCACUGCUGAGGAUUCUGCCCGUAAUACGGGCGUUGAGCACGACUUGGUGUGCUCGGCAUUGGCGGGCGUCACACCCGUGGACGGUGACGCCUCGGCGUCGGCCGAUAUCUCGAGGAGUGAAACGUCAUCCGGAGAUGUAUCUUCCAACGCCGGCGAAAGCUCUAUUGUACCCGAUGCCAAUUCGGUGGAGGAAGAAAACGAGGCGAAUAGCCCUUCUGCGUCGGAUGAGCAGGGGCCAGUCGAGGAAUCGGCUUCAGCUGAAGGAAGCUCCCUCCCCAAUGAAGAUUUGAGGGGUGAUGAAGAGCCACCUGUUGACGAAAACCAGUCAGAUGCAGCCAGUGACACGCAGGCUGAUGCCGACGCCCCUGCAACCGGUGAACACACCCUUAUCGCCCAGGAUGACAACUCCAACGAGCCGAGCACGUCUUCCGGAGAAUCGCCAAAUGGAGCCGAUCAAACUGAUUUUUACACGGACUCCGACACUCCGCAGCGCCGUAGCGACAGCCCGCAACAGCACAACGUGGCUCGGAAGCUGGUGGAGUACAAGUGCCACGAUAACGAGAUCAGCGACUGUGACAUCGCCCACGACGGAAGGGUAGCUCUGUCGAUCUCACGCGAACAGAUGGUGCUGUAUCAGCUUGCGCCGCCUAAAUUCUUGUGCAAACGCCGCAGUUCCAUGCGGUUCAAGUUCGGCCGGUUCGUCAACUCCAACUGCAGUGAUGGCCAUUACCAGAUCUUGACGGUGGAGUGGGAACCCCGUAAACCAACGGACUGUAUUGUCAGCAUGUGGCGCUACACGGCCGACACGGGUGACCUGAUGCUUGUGAAAAGUGCAAGCGUCGGUAGUGCCGCCUGCAGCUGCAUGUCCUUGAGAACGGACGACAGCCACUUCGCACUUGGGUUUGGCACCGGGGCAGUAGGGGUGUACAAUUCGCGGUCGCUGCAGUGCGUCAUGCACGAGCAGCGGCACCAGCUGCCGGUCACCGACGUCGUGUUUUUAGACGACAAGCUGGCGUCCAGUGGCGCCGAUUUUUACGUCAUCAUCAAGAGCUUCAAGCGGUGGCCGGUGGCCACGGUGUUGAUGGUCCUCGUACCGAUAAUCGCGUACAUUGUGCACAUUUUGCGUCAGCGCAUUUUUUAA